GGAGCCCUCACCUCAUCUUCCUUUGCCAGGGACGUGGCUCGGGGCUAUGAGAACGUGCCCAUUCCCUGCGUCAACGGUGUGGACGGGGAGCCGUGCCCCGAGGAUUACAAGUACAUCUCGGAGAACUGCGAGACUUCCACCAUGAACAUUGACCGCAACAUCACCCACCUGCAGCACUGCACCUGUGUGGACGACUGCUCCAGCUCCAACUGCCUGUGCGGCCAGCUCAGCAUUCGCUGCUGGUAUGACAAGGACGGGCGGCUGCUCCAGGAAUUUAACAAGAUCGAGCCCCCGCUGAUCUUCGAGUGUAACCAGGCCUGCUCCUGCUGGAGAAACUGCAAGAACCGGGUGGUGCAGAGCGGCAUCAAGGUUCGACUGCAGCUCUACCGAACAGCCAAGAUGGGCUGGGGGGUCCGCGCCCUGCACACCAUCCCCCAAGGAACCUUCAUCUGCGAGUAUGUCGGGGAGCUGAUCUCCGAUGCCGAGGCUGACGUCAGAGAGGAUGAUUCUUAUCUCUUCGACUUGGACAACAAGGAUGGAGAGGUGUACUGCAUCGAUGCCCGUUACUACGGCAACAUCAGCCGGUUCAUCAACCACCUAUGUGACCCCAACAUCAUCCCUGUCCGGGUCUUCAUGCUGCACCAAGACCUGCGGUUUCCACGCAUCGCCUUCUUCAGUUCCCGGGACAUCCGCACCGGGGAGGAGCUGGGGUUUGACUAUGGCGACCGCUUCUGGGACAUCAAAAGCAAAUAUUUCACCUGCCAGUGUGGCUCGGAGAAGUGCAAACACUCGGCCGAGGCCAUUGCCCUAGAGCAGAGCCGCCUGGCCCGCCUGGACCCCCACCCCGAGCUGCUGCCUGAGCUGGGCUCCCUGCCCCCUGUCAACCCCUGAGAGUGGACCAUACCCCCCCCCCAAUGCCACCAGCUCAGCAGCUGCCUCUCACUUGCUGCUCACAUCCACACCACGCUGGGGGCACUGCCAUCUCUCCCACUUGCCCUUCACACAUUCCGGCCAGAGACCCCAGCCAGGCCCUGGAGGUCUGACAGCCCCUCGCCCAGGGCUGGUUCCUCCCUGGGAGGGACUUCAGGGCUGGCCGCCCCGCCCCCAUCCUCAGCUGAUGUUUGAUGAACUGAAAUGGGCCUCUGUGCCAGCUGGUGUCUUGGUUCUCAAUAAAUGUUGGGUUUGGUAACAA